UAUUUUAAUCUUCGACAUAAAUAUGGUAUUUUUUAUUGCCGUAAAAUUGAUACUUGUAAUGAUGAUUGCGUAUGGGGAGUCUUUAGAAAGUAAAACUUGCGGAACUCCAAUGAAAAAGGACAUUGAAUGGAAUAAGCUUCCAUCGGGUCCUUAUUAUGAUGUUCUGGAUAUACCUAGAUCAGAGAAACCAAUCGGCUGCUGGAAUAUUCAGAAUAUUACCGAAGAAAAAGAUCGCGUGGUUUUAGAUAUGGCAACAUUUUCAAGCAGGGACGUCAGCAUUUUACCUGUUCGUCUGGAGUAUUUUCGAACGACCAAAACUGGUGUUUACAAGAUGAAUAGAUUUGGAGAGAUGGAAUAUAGAACGGCGUUCUACCACUUCAAUGAUGAUAAUGGCGUCGGAAUACGGGAGACUGCAGAUGAGGAGUCUGCAGACCUUGCUCAACACGAAUUCAUAUUUCUGACUGACUACCAGACUUAUUUCAUGCUCGUUGGAUGCCAAGAAGAAGGUUGGAUAGCGUACGUAAAAGCGACCACUCCACAUAUCACCGUCAGCCAAUUGAAUCAUAUAUCGAAUGCACUAGUGGAGAAUGGAUUGAAAGCACCGGUGAUGGUUUUGAAAAAUGAAUGUCUGAAUGCCGGCGAUUCUGGGAAUGUUGUUGUUAUUGGUUAAAAUAUUUAGUUUUCAUAUAUAUAUAUAUCAAAAUACUGUUGUAUUUAGACAGAAUGCUGAAGCAAAAAUAAGUGUAACAUGUUUUUGUCGACCUAAAAACUUCAUUUAGUUUCAGUCACAGAGAAAAGGCGAGGAAGAGUUUAGAGUUAUAAUAUCAACAACAAGUUCUCAGAACUUCAAGCGCUAAACAAAUGUUUGAUUAUUUGUAAUCAACAAAGUUUUAUCCAAAUUUCAUGACAUUUUCAA